AGAUUGUGUAAAAACUUGAAGUUGUUUAAAUAACAAUAUAUAGGUAUAUGCCGGAAUUAUGCCGGAGAAGAUUCCUGCAACUGGAUAGGAUGCAUGUCAACGGAUCGGAGACAAAUAACUUGCAUGCCCUAUAUAUACUCAUCACCUUCAAUUCAAUUCAAUGCAUAUAUCCUUCUCCUCUCUUCUUCUCUUUCCAAGUUGUCAACACGCAACAUGGGGAGAUCAAGGAAUCAAGAAAGUAGGAUAUGGCAGGAGAACAACUUCAAGUGCUUAAUGCACUUGAUGUCGCCAAAACUCAACUCUACCAUUUCACGGCGAUCGUCAUCGCCGGAAUGGGCUUCUUCACCGACGCCUACGAUCUUUUCAGCAUUUCUCUGGUUACCCGCCUUCUCGGCCGCAUAUACUACACGAAACCGGGCGCUCUGAAGCCCGGGACGCUCCCGCCGGUGGUGGCGUCCUCCGUCACCGGCGUGGCUCUCGUCGGAACCCUAGCCGGGCAGCUCUUCUUCGGGUGGCUCGGGGACAAGAUGGGCCGGAAAAGAGUCUACGGCGUAACCCUAGUUCUCAUGGUGGUUUGUUCUCUGGCGUCGGGGUUUUCGUUUGGGAACACUCCGAAAGGCGUAAUGGCGACUCUUUGUUUCUUUAGGUUUUGGCUGGGCUUCGGCAUCGGCGGCGACUACCCUCUCUCCGCCACGAUCAUGUCGGAGUACGCUAAUAAAAAAACCAGAGGGGCGUUCAUCGCCGCGGUUUUCGCCAUGCAGGGCUUCGGGAUCUUGGUCAGCGGCAUUGUCGCUCUGAUCGUCUCCGUCGCCUUCGACCACGCGUUCGACGCGCCGCCGUACGAAGUCAACCCCGCCGCCUCCACCGUCCCGCAGGCCGACUACGUCUGGCGUAUAGUCCUCAUGUUCGGCGCCUUCCCCGCCGGCCUCACCUACUACUGGCGCAUGAAGAUGCCGGAAACCGCCCGGUACACCGCCCUGGUCGCGAAAAACGCCAAGCAGGCGGCGCAAGAUAUGGCCGGCGUGUUGAACGUGGAGUUGGAGGCGGAAGAGGAGAAAGUUGUGAAGAUUGUAGAAAGUUCUUCCAACUCUUACGGAUUAUUCUCCAUGGAAUUCGCCCGCCGCCAUGGCCUCCAUUUGCUCGGUACAACGUCCACGUGGUUUCUCCUCGAUAUCGCGUUUUACAGCCAAAACCUUUUCCAGAAAGACGUGUUUAGUUCAAUAGAAUGGAUCCCGCCGGCGAAGGAAAUGAACGCAGUUUAUGAAGUUUUCCGGGUGGCGAAAGCCCAGACGUUGAUCGCCUUGUUUAGUACAGUGCCGGGAUAUUGGUUCACCGUUUUUCUGAUCGACGUUAUGGGUCGGUUUUGGAUCCAACUGAUGGGAUUUUUCUUCAUGACGGCGUUCAUGUUCGGCCUGGCAUUCCCGUAUUACUACUGGAGAGAUCACAGCAAAAUCGGCUUCGUCGUCAUGUACUCUUUCACGUUUUUCUUCGCCAAUUUCGGGCCCAACGCCACCACGUUCGUCGUCCCGGCGGAGAUCUUUCCGGCGAGGCUGAGGUCGACGUGCCACGGGAUAUCCGCGGCGGCCGGGAAGGCCGGGGCGAUCGUCGGAGCCUACGGGUUCUUGUACGCGGCGCAGCCGAAGGACAAGACGAAGACCGACGCCGGAUACCCGCCGGGGAUCGGAAUAAAAAAUGCUCUCAUCGUUUUGGGUUGUAUUAACGCGCUGGGGUUGUUGUGUACUUUCUUGGUGCCGGAGCCGAAGGGGAAAUCGCUUGAGGAGUUGUCCGGCGAGAACCAGGAGGAUACUCCGGCGCCGCCGCGGGCUGGCGGUUCUGCUCACCGGACGGCGCCGGAUGCUUAAAUAUUGUUUUUGAAAAAAAAUGUGUUGUAUGGAAGUUUUUGUGAUUAAUUUGAAAGUGUUUGUAUGAUGUACUGCUUUGAAUGUCAAUAAACAAAUAAACAAGACAACAAGUAUAGUUGACUUAAGUUA